AUGAACUCGCUCGUGUCGUCCCUCCGCACCGCCUUGCGCCCAACUGCCACCAGGGCCAUCAUCUCGCGCGCACCCUACUCGACCCACCCGUCCCCCUCUGCCGACUCGGGCCCCGUCGCCUCGACCUCGUCCGCCUCCCCCUCCUCCUCCUCCUCCUCCUCCUCCAAGUCGGGCAUCAACGCCCUCGACAGCGUCAUCGCCGGCAUCAAGAACUCGAAGAAGAAGGCCACAUCGUCCUCCUCGAGAGCCUCUCCACCCCGUCCCUCGGCCGCCGACCUCUUCGCGUCGCACCGCGGCUCGGCCCACGCCGCCGCCUCGCGCUUCCUGUUCGACUCGACCCCGUCGGCAAAGUCGCAGACGCCCCGCCCGGCCACCCCGGAAGAGACGUGGCGCCACACGCCGGCCGUCCCGUACUCGCUCCCCGUCACGACCACCUCGGCGCGCUCGUUCGCCGUGCGCGACGGCAACGUCGCCCGCGCGUACCGCACCCUCAACCGCGUCCUCAACGACAACAACGUCCGCCGCGAGCUCAAGCGCCAGGAGCGCUUCGAGACCCCGAGCAACAAGCGCGUCCGCCUCAACUCGGAGCGCCACCGCCGCAGGUUCAAGGUCGCCGUCGGCAAGUCGGUCUCGCUCGCGCUCCGCACAAAGGACCUGUAG